CCCCCCCCCUCCUUGGUGUGGCCCACCCAGAUCAGCUUUAAAAAGCGCCGUAGAGGACGGAGCUCUCAUCCUGAUCCUGCUCUCAGGAGACGCAGCCAGCACACCCAAGGUUUUCUUCGCCAGUAUUAAAUUCCAGUUUGAACAUGGUGGACUCCCAGUAUUACCUCCCUAAUGACAUCGGUGUCUCUGCGCUGGACUGCAGAGAGGCGUUCAGCCUGCUGUCACCGCGGGAACAGAUGUACUCCCACUACCUCUCCCGGGCAGCCUGGUAUGGUAGCCUGGCGGUUCUGCUGCAGACCUCCCCAGAGUCUGCAAACAUCUUCGUGCUGCUUCAAAAGAUCUUCCGUAAACAACCAGCUGCUGAACUGGAGCCAGUCGCCAUGGCAGCUGGGCUUACCAGUGAGGAGUACCAGGCCUUCCUGGUAUAUGCAGCCGGUCUUUAUGCAAACAUGGGAAACUACAAAUCUUUCGGAGACACCAAGUUCAUCCCGAACCUACCAAAGGACAAGCUGAAAGCCCUGGUUUUCGCCAGCCAGUCGUUCACGGAGCAGCCCAGCGAGAUGGAGGCCCUGUGGGACAGCUGCUCCUCCGCCCUCUUCUCCCUGGAGGACAAACAGAAACAGCUGGGGCUGGGCAGCAAGGGCAUCACCACCUACUUCUCAGGGAACUGUGGUCUGGAGGACGCUGAGCUGGCCCAGAAGUUCCUCGACUCCCAGAACCUGUCUGCCUACAACACACGCCUGUUCAAAACGGAGAAGGGGGGGAAGAUGAGCUACGAGGUGCGCCUGGCGUCGGCAGUGACGUCAGACUGCGCCGUCGACGGAGAGGGGGAGACGCGCUGCGGCAGCUUCAGCUUUGAAGACAAAGAGUUCACAGUGAAGAGGGGGGACUACGCCCAGAUCAUGGAGAGAGUCAGCCACUACCUCGAAAAGGCCCAGGCCCAUGCUGCCAGUGAGAACCAGGAGAAGAUGCUGGAGGGGUACCGGCGAAGCUUCACCUUCGGCUCCAUCGACGCACACAAGGAGGGCUCGCGCUUCUGGAUCAAAGACAAGGGGCCAACCGUUGAGAGUUACAUAGGUUUCAUAGAGAGCUACAGGGACCCCUAUGGCUCCAGGGGAGAGUUUGAAGGCUUCGUGGCAGUGGUGAACAAGGCCAUGAGCGAGCGCUUCGCCGAGCUGGUGAGCUCGGCCGAGGUGCUGCUGCCCGAGCUGCCGUGGCCCCGGGACUUUGAGAAGGACACCUUCCUCAAGCCGGACUUCACCUCGCUGGACGUGCUCACCUUCGCCAGCAGCGGCGUCCCCGCCGGCAUCAACAUCCCCAACUAUGAUGACAUCAGACAGUCGGAGGGCUUCAAGAACGUUUCGCUAGGCAACGUUCUGGCUGUAGCCUAUGCUACUCAGAAAGAGAAGCUUACCUUCCUGGAGGAGGACGACAAGGAUGCUUAUGUUAAGUGGAUGUUGCCGUCCUUCGAGAUGCAGGUUGGGCUUCAUGAGCUGCUGGGUCACGGCAGUGGCAAGCUGUUUGUUCAGGACGAUCAGGGCAAAUUCAACUUCGACCAGAACACUUUGAUCAACCCAGUGACCGGAGAGAAGGUGACCAGUUGGUACCGCGGCAACGAGACGUGGGACAGCAGGUUCUCCACCAUCGCCUCGUCCUAUGAGGAGUGCCGUGCCGAGUGCGUUGGGCUCUACCUCUGCCUCAACAAGCUCGCCCUCAGUAUCUUCGGCCACGAGGGCCAGGACGCCGAGGACGUGGUGUACAUCAACUGGCUGUACAUGGUGCGCGCCGGCCUGCUGGGCCUGGAGUUCUACACCCCGGAGAGCAGCAGCUGGAGACAGGCCCACAUGCAGGCCAGCUUCGUGAUCCUGCGGGUGCUGCUGGAGGCCGGGGAGGGCCUGGUGCGCCUGGAGGAGGUGGCGGGCGCCGACGGACGGCCCGACGCCAGGAUCGCCCUGGACCGCACCAAGAUCCGCACCGUGGGCAAGAGCGCCAUCCAGAGGUUCCUCUGCAAACUGCAGGUGCUGAAGGCGACGGCGGACGUGGCGGGGGGGCGGGCCCUCUACGCCGGCUACUCCGCCGUGACGGACAGCGGGCCGCACGACUUCCUGCGUCUGCGGGACACGGUGCUGCUGAGGAAGGAGGAUCGCAAGAUGUUGGUCCAGGCCAACACCAGGGUCCAAGGCGAGGCCGUGGAGCUGGUGGAGUACGAGGGCAGUGCGGUGGGUCUGAUCCACUCCUUCACCGAGCGCUUCCAGGAAGAUGCAGAGCAGCUGGAGGCAGACCUCCUGGAGCUCAGCCAGAGGGACUCCCCCUGCUGGUGCCAUUAGCGACUGCGCUCCAGACACUUCCUUCUAAAGGGCAUAAUCAGUGGUGUAGUCUACGUGAUACGCAGCCGGUAUACGCCGUAUGUAUACCCAAUAGGAACGCACCAGGAUUUGCAUAUACCCGCUUAAAAAUGUGCACAGAUACGUAUCAAUCGUCUUGUGACAGAUCUUUCACUUCUGUGUUUAUUUUUCGCAAAUACCGGUUGGGUAUAACUGCAAUUAAAUACUUUAAGCAGGGGAAGUUAUCUCCUACAUUGAUUCCCCCUGCGCACUCGCGCUCUGCCCUGUCUCUGUUACGAAGCGCGAAGCUGCCCCUGCAUCUUUGCACGUUAGUUGGCGGGCCCCUCCUUCUCGCGUGUGUGUGCGUGCGUGUGCAUGCGUGUGGGUGUGCGUGUCCAGUCCUCCCAUAUUAUUGUGUUAACCACAUAACAAGUAGUCAACAGAAGACAAUGUUUUAAUCCCACUUUAUAUCUCCUUGUUACUUUUAGAUGAGAACCCCUGGCCAGCCUUUCAGACUUGGUGUCAGGCUAGGGAAUUUAAAAACGGGCAUCCCUGGUUAGAGUGGAGGGAAUCAUACAGUUGGUAUACAGAAUUGAAAUUCAUAAUGUUAAUCACUAUGCAAAUGAGAGUAUAGCUAAUUCAUGGUCAUUUUUAAGGUGCAGUAAUUUCACACUUUUACACAAUUCAAUGACUGUAUGGUAUGUUAGAUAACAACAGUAAGAGCUCAAAUUAAUAGAGCAAUUUAAAGAGUGAAACAUUAGUCUCCUGUCAUCUCCUUCUCAUGCACUGGUUAGCCAUGAUUGUAAAUAGUUCAUUAAAUUAUUUUGAGUAGAUUUUGUCCUUGUUUAGCAUGUGCUAUUGCUACUAUAGAUAUACAAAGGAAAACUGGUCAUUUUUGUGUUUUAUUUGUUCAUACUGUUAUUAAAACUGAUAAACCUA